CCCAUGGACACGGCUCGUAAUUUUGAACAGACGGUGAGCAGCCAGGCAGAGCCGCGUAUCAUCAAUGCUACCAUUCAUAAUCUGGGGCAGCAAAACAUCGGUUAAAUACAUCCUCCUCCAAGUAAUGGAUAUUUGUACCUCUCACAUCGGAUGAAGGGAACACUUUAGCGCUGUCUUUGUUGUGAUGGAUAUGAGUUCUCGUGUUAUCUCCCCCGGACCCUACCGGGCCACUAAACUGUGGAAUGAGGUGACUCGGUUGUUCCGGGCUGGUAUGCCUCUUAGGAAACACCGGCAGAACUUCCGGCACUACGCCUCCUGCUUCACCGCCUCUGCCGCCGUGGAGUGGAUGCACCAGCUGCUGCGUAGCAACAGCAAUUUCGGCCCCGAUGUCACCCGGCAGCAGACGGUGCAGCUCCUGAAGAAGUUCCUGAAAAACCAUGUGAUCGAAGAUGUGAAGGGUCGCUGGGGCGCGGAGGAUCUGGAGGACAACAACGUGCUGUACAGAUUCCCCUCCACGUCCCCCCUGAAGCCCAUUCCAUGUCCCGCUUCAGGCUCGGCCCCCGGCUCCAUUAAGAAGAGGCCUUCGUUCAGGGACAAGGACAGUUUCUUCAGGUUCAGACACAUCAAGAAGCAGCAGGAGAAAGAGGCCCGGGAAAACGUAGACCCGGCCCUUGAAGCCAGAGGAGAGAAUCCUCCAGCUGGAGAGCAGCAGGUGCCCAGACGAGUGCUAACGGUGGAGGAUGAACAGGAGAUCUGGAGAGACAUCACCCUGACCCACCUGCAGAGGAUUCUGGGCGUCUCAUCUCUUGAUGAGGUUUUAGACCAACGUCAUGUAAACCCACAGAACAUCAUCCAUAAUAUGACCAAAGUCAACAAGCACGGAGUGGUCACGUUGGACGACAAAACCAACGACCUCCCACACUGGGUUUUGUCUGCCAUGAAGAGCCUGGCCAAGUGGCCGAAGUACGACAGCGCACAGCCGUCCUACCCUGGCUUCGAGAGAGACGUCUUCAAAACGGUGUCUGAUUACUUCUACAGCCUUCCGCAGCCCGUACUCACGUACGAACUGUAUGAACUGUUUAUCAACGUCCUGGUGUUUUGCGGCUACGUUGCGGCACCCGCGACGCACCAACGCGGGAAACGCAAGAAGCCCGACCUCCCCUCGGCACCCCCUCCAGCCAAGACCUCUUUCCGCUCCACAGAGUGUCUGCUGCUGUCGCUGCUCAGGCAUGGGACGUGCGACGAGGCCGAGUCGCCGAUGACCGAGGUGCUCGGUGGGACGUUGCAGUCGCGGCUGGCAGCGCUGAAAGGAGGCGUCGCCAGCGGGGGCAACGGACAGCUAGGAGGCAGCUGCACCAGUCUGAGCACGGUUGGUUUCGCAAGGCCUCAAACCAAGAGUUGCUCGCUGGAAACUGUCCUGGAUGACUUCGCCCCUCUCACCAGGCAACGGCUGUUCCUGUCCAAUGACAGCCUGGCAUCCUGUGCCUAUAGCAACACCAACCACGAUGACAGCACUGCUUGUGAGAAUGCUCCAGCAGUUACAAUCAGAACCAGACUUCCGGUAGCGGGUCUGUCGGCGGCACACCGGUGGCGCUCAUCUCGGCCUCGCAGCGCAGGCAGCUGUCUGGACAUUGUUGUAGAAACCAGGGAGGAAGACGUCAACGAGUCCAAGUUGCCGGGUCGAGCAACCAGCUGCCUCAACGUGAACACUCCCGCGGGCCAUCAUCUCUCCUCGGCUUCACGUCCUCCCUCGUUGUAUCCCCAUCUUCCCUCCUUUUCCUCCUAUCAUCUUUUUUCCUCAUCCGCUUCGGCCAUAGCCCGAGGGUCUCGUGCUACUGCGGGACCCAGACCCGCCUCCAGCACCUCCGAUCUUUGGACGCUCCCCCCGCCCGCUGUUGUCCGCCGCUGCAUCAGCUCGCUGGAUGUGUCGAAGCCGCCUCGACCCGUUUCACUGUUCAAACCACCUGUCUGUGUGCCCACCAGCAUCUCCCUGCACCCCCAACCCAAACCCGAGCACAGCCUUCUUCAGCCUCACUGUGAGCGUGUGGCCAUCGAGGCCCUGCAGCUCUGCACCCUCCUCCUCCCCCCCACCUCCCGCAGGAAGUUGCAGCUCCUCAUGAGGAUGAUGUCGCGCAUCAGCGAGAACGUAGACAUGCCCCGCCUCCACCCGGCCAUCGGCACCAGAACACUGAUGGUUCACACGUUUUCGGGCUGUGUCCUGGGCAGCGCAGUGGAGUGCGAUCUGGACGAGCUGUUGGCUACCAGGCUGGUUUCAUUCAUAUUGGACCAUCAACAAAGCAUCCUCUCUGUCCCAGAGUACCUGCUCAGUGCCAUCAGCGACCAUAUACAGUACCUGCGCGAUGUACAGGUCCCGAUCGAUGGCGUUUCCAACGUCAAUGGCGGCGAUCUGGUGUGUGUUCCGAUGCCCAUCUACGCGUUCUGCCGUCAGAUUAGCGGCGCCGAGUUUGAACAGCAAAAGCUGGCAACUUCCCAGAAGGCCAUGGAGGAGCUGCUGGAGAUGCUGCUGACCGACCAGAACAUGAGUGAGAAGGACCGCCGCAAGAAACUGAAGCAGUUUCAGAAGCAGUACCCGGACAUCUACAGCCGUCGUCUCCCCUCCUCAGACAGGGAAAACAAGACCGACAAGCCAAAGAUUAAACCUCCUCUCUUCAACAUCAGGAAGACCAAAGUGUUCAGCAUCAGGAACUGAGCUAACCAUACAGGUUGUCCACCACUACAGAAGCCACAGUCAUUCUCACUGCACUGAAGCUGCACUGAUACCAAGAGAGACGGAAAAUCCACCGAUCUUUGCAGCCAUGAACUCUUUCUUGUUGCGUUGGAAGUGAAUCCUGUUGUGUCUCAUUUAUGUCAUGAUGUGAGAGUUAAUGCAGACUGGAAGUGUGCGCGCGCGUGCGUGUUAAGACAAAGGCAGGUAGACACAGUUGCUUCCUGGAGCCGUUCACAUUGAUUACUGUUUUCAAAUCUAACCUUUUUAGUGAAGCAGGUUUUUGUUGAGUAACAUCUGUGUUUUCUUUUCCCAUCGCCGACCUCUAUUCCUAGCUGAUACUGACCUGUGUGUGUGUGUGUGUGUGUGUGUGUGUGUGUGUGUGAGUGAGAGAGAGAGUGUGAGAGUGUGAGAGUGUGAGUGAGUGAACCAGUGCGAACAAGCGAACCAGUGCGAACAAGCCUGAUUGCAGGCUUGCAUUUUGGGAGACAAAUAAUGUGUCAUUUUUAGGAUCACCGGUCCAUAUGUGAAUAAUUAGAUCAUAGUUUCCUUCAUUCAUUUGCCUGAUGGCAUUGGGAGCAGUGAUAGAAAGGUAUUUCCUUGAGGUGUCUCUUGUUUUUUAUAAAUAUAUAUUCUAGAAUCUCGAGUUUUCUUUGAAACAAACUAGUGACGCUGAACCUUUUUCUCAAAAAUUCCAUUCUUGUCAUUUUGUUGCUUUUUUGUGUGGUGUGCUUUUAAAGGACUUUUACAUUAGUGUUUGAGUUUAUUUAGAUUUUCAGUAUCUCAGAUUUUUCAGACAUAACUCAGUUCAAUUUAAAUGGAGUUUGUCCUUCCCAGUUUCUGUUUGUGUGUCUCAUCUUGAACCCAUCUAUAUUUAGGUUAUUGGAUACAUAAAUAUCUCUGCACUGGAUGUAGGCAUUGUAAAUUGCCAGUAAGCGUAUGCCAAUAAUAACAGUAGUUAAUUUAUACGUAUUUAAUGCUUAUUAGCCUCCCUACAGAAGGUUUCACCAGACACCGGCAUAUUUUCAGUAAAUUGUUGCUGAUGCUUAUAAAUACAACCUCAUGACUCAUUUGAAGGCAGUGAAGUGGCUAUUUGCUGAACCUAUUGCCUCUAAUGAAAGAAGCUGGUGUCCAUCAUUCCCCUGAUGGGUGCCAACAGGUAGUUAGUAGACAGAAGUGCAAUACACAACCCAUAUUAUUACAAGUGUCUGAAGGAACAGGUUUGACUUAGAAUUGAAUUUUUUUUAUGUGUCUUAUAUGAAGUAUUAGUUCUUCCCUGAUAUGUUUGUCUAUACCUCAGAUCAGAUGGUGUGUGUGUGUGUGACCAUAUGUGCACUCAUCAGCAGUGUUUUUUUUUUGGCUUUUCCAUGGAGGUGUUAUGUUGUACUCCCACACAGUUCUACUCUUCCUCUCCAUUGUUUACUAUGCAAAGUCCUGGGAAAUAAAUCUGUUCAGCCGUU